UGAGUGAAACUUAUCGCUUCCUGUGCUACAUGCAUCUUUCAAUCGUCAAAAAAAGGGAAAAACAAUCGAUAAGCUUUUUUUUGUAUAUUAACUUUAGAAUUGGAAAGGAUUUUAACCAAAUACUAUUAUGUCCUACCGACACACUACAACGAUGAGCCAACAAAAGUUACAUCUGGAGCCUUCCUCGAUCAUGAGUUCAUCUGACAUCUUGAUCAUCUCGAAACAAAUGGAUUCAAUGUCGAUGACUGACCAUGUUCGUGUUGUUCGUCAUAACAAGAGAUUACCAAAGUCUAGAUAUUCUCCUUACACUUUAAGGACUAAGGAGAAGCAGAAAGAGGAGGCAGUACGACUCGGAGUUGAGUUCUCUCUCUUUGUGGCUGAAGCAAUGUUCUUAUUAUCUGAUGAAAUACGUUCUAUGUUAGUCUUCUGUUUUUGGCUAUUCAAGUAUGCUGGAAAAAGAAAAUUUGACGGUCCCGUCCUAGGAAGAGUGUUUCAUGUUAUACAAUAUGUGUUUGUGACAUACAUCAAACCAAAGAAUGGAGUCUAUCAAGAUGGUGGCAAAUCAAUUCAAUGGGAACAGUUCAAAACGUCUUCCUGCUAUUUUUCUAUAGGAAUCAGAGUAUUGACUCGCAUUGUUUCGGUUCUUGAAGCUGGUGCCUUCGUCAAACCGUCUGGUUUAAAACACUACAACCAAGAGCUUACGAAGCUAGAGGAAAAUUUGAGGUCCGUCAAGGAUGUUUCAGUGGCGAAUGGAUUUGCGAGAGAAGCUAUACAGUCUAACAUUUUUCACAUUUGGAAGUCACUCUUUGAAACAACACCGGAAAUGAUAAGCCCUAAUAAGGCUAUAGUUAUUGAGCUGUUUAGGCCUCUUUUGAACGAAGCAAGUCGUGAUGCUUGCUCUCGUCUUCUAACUUCUUUACACAUAUGAAUCAGAUUUCAUAGAUUGGCAGAUUCUAUAUAAAAACAGAAACUAUGAGUAGAAGAAGGUUGUAUAGCAUAAAGAGACUUGAAAGGCGUUGAAGCUCUACAUUAGGAAGCAUCAUUGAGUAUGGUUUAAAGUGUAUAUCAGAUUCCUUUUACGUUUUCCAUUGAGAGUGAUCACUUUGUCUUUUAUCCAAAAUCACAAAACGUCACCAUGUUCUCUCUAUUCUUUACCAAUCAAAGGACUACAAGUUCACAUUUUUGGUAGUGCCUCUUGGGAUUCUAAAGAGUUAAGCCGAUCAUCACCAAGAUAAGGGACCUCAAUUGGGCAGCUCUCAAGAAAAGUUGGUACUUGGUAACCAUUAAAAACCAAAUUCAAAUGCUUGACACACAGACGGGAGAUGCAACCAUGCUGAGGCAGAUAGAAAAAUAAUAUGGAGAAAGAUGUCAAACCGUUCAUCAAGUAGAAGCCGUUCAAUAAGUAGAGGUCUUGCAUCCAGCAGAAGAAUGCCAAGUAGUACAUCAAACCUAAGGAUAUCAAUCCGUUCAUCAAGCAGAAGAAGGUCAAGUGGUUCAUCAAGCAGAAGUCCUUCAUCAAGCAUAAGAAUCUCAAACCGUUCAUUAAGCAGAAGUCAUUCAUCAAGCAUAAGAAUCUCACACCGUUCAUCAAGCAGAAGAAGGCCAAGUCGUUCACCAAGUAGAAGUAGGUCAAACAGUGCAUCAAGCAUAAGAAUCUCACACCGUUCAUCAAGCCGAAGGAGGUCAAGCCGUUCAUCAAGCAGGAGAAGGUCAAGCCGCUCACCAAGUAGAAGCAGGUCAAACAGUGCGUCAAGCAGGAGAAGAUCAAGUUCACCAAGCAAAGAAAGGUCAUACCAUACAUCAAGCAGAGGAAUGUAUCACGCACAAGUACUAGAACGUCAACAUUUUUAUCAAGAAAAACAAUACGGUCAAUACCAGCCCGUAUAUCAAGCGGAAGAAGGUCAAGCCUUGACGAAGAAGUCAACUUCAGCUACUAUAGAAGGUUCGUUGAAGAUAUCGGAGGAUGGGAUAAAUAUAAGCAACUAUAUUCUGAUAAUCUUAAUUUUAAUGUUGGCAGCCAUCAUGGCUUAUAUAAUUUACUAGAUGUUGUGCCCAAUGCGGGCCACGACCCUCCGUGAGUUGUGAAAGUUUUUUUAGCAAGUACUAGGAUCGUAUCCGCGUUACGCCGUGGGGAGGGUUUUUGUGUGUGUGUUUUUUGUCUUGUGUAAUUUUAAUUAUUAUCAAGUCAUUCUAGAGUUGAGUGUGAGGAAAUACAGUGAUUACAAAUUCCUCUUAAAUGAUAAUACCAUAUUGAAUGAGGUUAAAAACACUCUUUCUUGCAGCAUCACUAUUGAUGUUCAUAUGAUUCUGUAUA